CAGAUAUCCACACAGCUUGCAGGCUCUGAGUGCAGGGAUCUGAAGUCAGAGGCCUGCAGUGAUUGGGUUAGACACCAGAUGGUGCUGGAGAUUUCUGACUAGGAAUAAUUUGAGUCUUCUUGCUAUUCUUGGCUAUAUCUGCUGGUCAUGUUUUUUUGUGUUCCUGGGUCCUACAAAGUGCAGCAGGAAUGGGGAUCAGAGGAGAGCUGCACUAAUGCUACAGAUUGGCUGGUGGUCCUUCCCUCCUGCAGGAGAAGCCACUGGUACGGUAGCCAUGUCACUAGGUUCUUUGGCCUUCACCCUCUUCUUGACUGUUGUUGCUGGUAUCAAGUGCAAUGGGACAGAAGUUUGUGCCGGAAGCCCUGGGAUCCCUGGCACUCCUGGAAACCAUGGUUUGCCUGGCAGAGAUGGGAGAGAUGGUAUCAAAGGAGAUCCUGGACCUCCAGGUCCCAUGGGUCCUCCUGGAGGAAUGCCAGGUCUUCCUGGACGCGAUGGGCUUCCUGGAGCCCCUGGUGCACCUGGAGAACAUGGAGACAAGGGAGAGCCUGGAGAAAGGGGCCUUCCAGGGUUUCCCGCUUACCUAGAUGAGGAGCUCCAGGCUGAACUCUACGAGAUCAAACAUCAGAUUCUGCAAACAAUGGGAGUCCUCAGCUUGCAAGGAUCCAUGCUGUCUGUGGGGGAUAAAGUCUUUUCCACCAAUGGGCAGUCAGUCAACUUUGAUACCAUUAGAGAGAUGUGUACCAGAGCAGGUGGCGACAUUGCUGUUCCGAGGAGUCCUGAGGAGAACGAGGCCAUCGCAAGCAUUGCAAAGAAGUAUAACACCUAUGCCUACUUGGGUGUAAUUGAAGACCAGACUCCUGGAGACUUCCACUACUUGGAUGGGGCUUCUGUGAACUACACCAACUGGUACCCAGGAGAGCCCAGAGGUCGGGGCAAAGAGAAAUGUGUAGAAAUGUAUACAGAUGGGAAAUGGAAUGAUAAGGGCUGCCUGCAGUACCGUCUGGCCAUUUGUGAAUUUUGAUCAAGCAAUUAGAUGUAAAGAUAAAACCUCAAAUUGUCUUUAAGCUUCUAUCCUGAUGAUCCAUCUGGUCUGUAAGACCCUGCAACUACCUUUCAAGAAAAUUUACUUGUGACCAUCAGAAUUAGAAGCAUCCUUAGUCAUCCUAUCUCCCACAUGGCCCCAAACUCUUCUCCAUAUUCUUUAGUAAUCCUGAGUGCUCCCCUAGAGUCUCAUCAGAGCAUUCACUCAAGGCAGCCACUGUCAACCUUGGCCUUCAUCAUAAGAUGGAUGGAGACUUCCUUUUUCCUCACCUUGUCCAGUCUUUAUUUAUAAAUGGUGGCCAUGAAGAUGCAGCAUGAAAGGACCCUCCAAAUUACACAGAAAAUGCUUGCUCCAUGACCCUUCUACCCUUCUUCUGCAACUCAAUGUCCCGAGAUUUAGAAGUCCAGGUUAAACAUAAAAGAUAGCCAUUGGGGAUUUCUGUGAAAUGCCUAGUAUGUGGAUGUAGGCCACAUUCAGUGCCAUCUGUAUCCAUGGCUUUCAAGGCAAACAUUGUCUCUAAGAAGCCAGACAACCAGGUAGGGCUACAGCACAGUACUGGGGAAACAUAACCUCCCUGGUUGGCAUGUAUGGCCCCCUCUUUGGGACUGGAGGUGCCAACUUGACCUCUUGACUUAACAGCAGCCACCCUGGGUUUUGAGAGAAUCACUUUCCCAGUCCAGACCCUAAAUCAAGUACUUUCCUGCUAACAGACACAAUCUCAUUUCACUUUACAUCACUGAGGCAUUCAUGACACUAACUGAACUCUAUUUUCUCCUCUUAUGAACGCAAUCAGCUAUUCCAUUAAAAUCAACUGCAUUCCA